GGCCGAGCCGCCAGCGCUACCCCGCUAGGUGUCGGUGAGCCGCUGCUGGUUUUUAUCUUCACACGCAUAGCCACGUAUUGCACGGUCGGCGGGUUCGCUUUGGAUGUGGAGUCGGCGGCUAACUUGAAUGAUAGAGAAUCAUCAUCGUUGAAGACUCAAUAUUUCCAUCAUGUUUUCUAAUACGUUUGUCAUUGGUGUUGUUCUUAUUGCAGUUUCUUUGUACUAUUCUGUGCAUUUCAAUCAUGAUAGAAGUGCAAUAUCUGUGGAGUCACAAAUCGCAAUAGCUUGGGGAAAUGUCAUUGCUGCCGGUUUCUCAUUGCAUGGACUCCGAAACAAGUCAAGAAUCGCUGUCGGAGUCAAUGUAAAUACAGACCUAAUAGUCUCUGGAACAGCAGUUUUGAAGAAACUUGGAAUAGACUCUUCAGGUCAAGCCAUUGAUAAUGCAGUUAUUGAAUCUUUGGAGGAGCUGGAGCAAACUUUCGCAUUUUCUCUCAAAAACGGUGCAGCCAUUGAGAGAAUAUUUUCAAGGAGUGAAGACUUUGAGAAGGUAGUACAGGCAGCAGAUAGCCUGGAUGAAAAACAGUACUUUGUUGGUGGGAAUGCUGCACUGGCAGGACUCAAAAUGGCUGACACAUGGAAAGGACUAGAGGUGCUGCUCAUUGGCCCUUGUGGUCCUCGAGUUCGAGCACUCCUCCCUCCAAACAUCAUUGUCCCAAAGCCAAGUUACAAGGAAACGGAUGAAGUUCAUCUCAUCAUGGAGUUCAAACGCAAUGAGAGGUGGGGCGACUACGAGGCAAAGGUCGCGACACGGUUCAUCUCAUCUUACGAUGUCUCCAAUACGGAGAUGAGUGCCCUCUCAGAGUUCUCAAGGAGUGUGACAGACUUUUCACCAGAUGCUGUAUUUUUCUCUGGCCUUCAUCUGCUGGAUGGCCAGCCAGGAGUGAAGAAAGAAGAGAAGAUGGCUGCUCUUAAUCAAGAGUUGUCUCGUCUGCCAUCAGACCUACCUGUUCAUCUAGAGCUGGCUAGCAUGGCAGAUCCUGAGUUGAUCAAAGGCAUAUAUACACAGGUUCUGUCAUCAGUUCACUCCCUUGGCCUGAAUGAGCAGGAGCUGAGCUUCAUGUCAUCUGUCAACUCCGGUCCUCACCCUGAGGUCUACAUCAGGGAUGGCUAUCCAGAGGUGGGUGCUGUAGCUGAUAUCCUCUACUGGAUCUUGACCUCUACGCAACAGGGUUCCUGGCUCACCAAGGCUGAACAGUCCAGCGCUGCAGGAUGGUCCUCCACACUUACCAGGGUGCACUUCCACAGUCUUGCCUUUCACAUUGUGGCUACGAUGAAUGGCACAUGGAUCAACAAUGCUGCAGCUGUGUCGGCCGGAGCAAGGAUCGCCGGACGGCAGGCUUGCGAUGAUGGCAGGAUUGUGGACGAGAAAGUAGAACUACGUGUCCCACAAGCAUUCGCCUUGUCUAUCAACCAUGCUCCCCUCAGGCAUAGGAUAGUCAGCGUUGAUCCUCAAAACCCGGUUAUAUCAUGGACAAGAGAUAACAUUCAAUUUCAUUUUACACCAGUUUUAGUUUGUAAAAAUCCUGUGAAAACUGUUGGACUUGGGGAUGCUAUUUCAUCGACAGGGUUCUUGUUUUCUCAGAUGGUCUCAUCAAGCUGAUAAAUGUGUACUUUUAGAUGUAAAUGCUAUACUAUAGAAUAAACCAUCUAUCUUAAGAAUGCUGAGAAGUUGCUAAAUGACCAAUGCAAAAUAUAAAAAGGAAAUAUCUUAGCUUCAGAGAUCACAUAUAAGCUAUUAGUACUGUAGCCUAACCGCCAAACCAAAUGGAAGUUCGCUGAAACCGAACAGAACCAAACAUUAUUGUCAUGUUCGACAGUUUGGUAAAAUAAAUAAACAUGUUAUGCAACAAAUAGUUCAUCAAUUCAUAAAGUGAUACUGAAAACAAGUAUAGGUUGUAGACCUACUUUUUAAAACAUAAAUUUCUUUGUUGUUAAAUCAAAAAGUGACUUGUCACAUGAAUUUGCAACACCCCUGAUUCAUUUUGGUUUUAAAAUUCUUCAGGACAACAGAGAUAGUUACAUUAGACCAAGAAGUUACUUGAUUAGACUCAAUAGAUCAGGCCUUCUCAACUGGCGGCGCCCAUAAGAAGUUGCACAUGCACAUGGUGGUGCAAAUUUGCCAUACAAGAACCAAACCUUUAUUCACAAAAAAUUCUUAACCUGGCUGAACCAUAUCGAAAAUUAUAGUUGAGUAACAACACUGAAAGCUAUCAAAUUGUGUACUUUAGAAUAAUUUAAUUUGUCAUGUACCCAGGAGAAGAGUUUGAACAUACAGUUUUUUGUAAUUUUUCAAAACUUAUUGGUUUUAAAUUAACAAGAAUGCUGAACUGCUGAAUUUUGUUUAGGAUGAAAAAUAGUUUUGUGAGGUCAUUCUUUGUAUGUCAGUUUUGAACAUUUUUAUAUUAGAAAUAUCUCCUGAAAAGGAUUGCUCUUCAAAUCACCAUAGUCAAACAAUAUUGUAAUGGUUAAACAUGGUAAUGCAUAGUUUUUUAAUGAAAAUGCAAUAUUUCUGCAUUUAAUCUCACACUUUUACUCAGCACAAGACACACUGCUGAAAAAAUUCUUGCAACAUUUAAACACCUGUAAAUGGUAACAAAUGUAGAUAAAUUUCUCUGGCUUUAACAAUUUUUUAGUUGUGUCAAUAUAGAUGGCAAUAUGUAUAUUUUGGCAGGAUAUAUAGAAAAUCUACUUUUUAAUGAAAAUUUAUCAUAAGUUAUUAAUAAGAUUUUAGUUAAAAAAGAGUUGGACAUAAAAUUUGACAGCUUUUCUACUAUUAUUUUUUUCUUCAGAUAUAGAGCAUAUUAAAAUCUUUAAUUUUGCCAUUGUGCUUCCAAUUUCAUGUAGAUUCAUCCCUACAUCCAUUUAUACCAGGCACAUUGUGAUUAUGUAUUUUUGUGUGCAAGGGAUUGUUGCCAAAGAGACCAACUUCUAUAAAAUACUAAUCUUCAAGUUGUUCCCUCUUUUUGAUUCCCUUAGGUGUACUGUACAAUCUUCUAUUUUGGGGUAACUUGUAAUUGUGAAUUAAAGAUAAAACUGCAUUGUAGUUAUCAAAGUCAUGGAUUUGAAGAUUGUUUUAGAUCUCAGACCAUGAUGAUCAUAAUAAUAAAAAAACUGUCUUCCAAAUAGCUUUGAACGCUUUGCAGGGACACAUAAUAUUUUGAUAAUUGCUCAAUCAUGUAUUACUUGAUAAAUUGUAUGACAUCAUAUAUUGUAUGUACAUGUAAGCGUAAUGCGGUUCACAUUUCUGUCUUUUUAUAACACAGACAUAAUUGCAUACAAGCAUUAUGAGCAGCAAAUAUUUGCCAUCCCCACUUUCCAUUCAGUUCAUUUAUUUAUGUUAUCAUGGUAACACACUGCAGCCUCAGCAGCUGUCUUUCAGAGAGUCCAGGACAUUUAUGUGUUUUAAAAAAUGCUAUGGUUUCUUGCAUCGUACGUACGUGAACAAUCCUUUGAGGAACAUGUAUAUCCAAUGAUGAGGAUUGAGGGCAUUUCCACUGCAAGCAAAAACACAGGGUUUAUCUCACAUUUCAGGGUUUCAUUUUGGGGAAGAAUGAUAUAAACAUAAUCUUCUUCUUUUGUUUAAUUAUAUAAUGAUGCACAUCACCCAUCUAUUAAAGCAAGAGUUAAAAUGUCUGAAAUUAUAGGAACACUUUCCUUUUCAUUGUGAAUAAUCUAUGUUGUCAUUUAUAUACCUGUAAUGUUUCAAUGCAUGUUUUUGAAAAGGCUGUUUAUUUGUGCAUGAAAUAUUCUGAUUUCCUUUGCAAGGUAAUGCAGUAGAAUGAAAAGCUAGAUAGGCUGAAAUAAGCAAUGCUACAUGUAUAUUUGUGUGCAAAUUUUACAGUUUGAAUAAUCGCUCCCUACUAUUGCCUCAGUACUGUCCUCUUUUGGAAAGUAUGACUAAGAGAUAUUUGCAGUUAAAAGCAAAAAAGAACUUGCUUUUUUUUUUUCUUCCUAGAUAUAGCAGAACAUCGUUGAUGGCCUUUGCGUUUUGAGGUAGUUUAGAAGGAUAAUAUUUGCGAUCUAUUUUAAGUUGAAAAUUAUGAUUUAGUUCUUGUAUUUGAUACAAAUAUAUAGUGCCUUUGCAUGAAAGGAUUUUCUUUAAAAAUUUUGUGCAAUUUGUAUUUAAUAAGAAAUAUACAUGUAACAUCCUCAUUAUUGCUCUGUGUGUAAGAACACGUGAAUCCCUCUCGUGCCAUUUCUUUAUGAUGACUUUUUUUUAAAGUGUACUUCAGAUGUCGUCGUGGGAUUUUUAAGAAUUAAGACUUUUUACAGUUUCGAUAAAAUGGCCCCAGAGAGUAACAUUUUGGGCAUGGUAUAUCUGUCCAUGUUAUUAGAACUAAGUGGUUAUUUCUUAAUGACCCUGUUAUGAAUUAUAUAUCAACAGAAGGCGUAUAAGACCUCUAGAUUACAAUAAUAUCAAAUAUAUGCCAUUUUAGAGUCCAUCAAGAGGAGAAAUAGCUCUCUGAAAUCUCAAAAUCUCAAUUUUUGAAAAUUGGUAGUUACCGGUAGUAACCUUAUGACAUCAUCUUAUGUGGAGUAGGCAUAUUCACAAUGAAUUACCGGUAAUUAAGCAUGGCUCAUCGCCUCGGCUACAUAGGCCAGCCGAUCAGGUUUACAUGUUAGGCCUAAAAAAAAAAAAUGUUGUAUUGCCCUUGAGACCUACCCAAGAAUCUUGAAAUCUACGGUCAGCUUUUUUU